ACUUCAAUAUUUUCCUCACAAAGCUCUCUGCAGUUCUCUGACAGUCUAUAGAGUCACCUCCUCCUCCACCGGAGUCCGCUGCUCUCUCUCUCUCUCUCUCUCUCUCCAAAUAUUAUAAGGUCUUUGAUGAGUGAAUUUGCAUGCAUGGAGGACUGGGAUUUGCAAGCUGUUGUAAGAGGGUGCAUAAAUAUUGAAGCCCCUACUGCUAUCCUUCGGGAUCCAAAAUCUUGUUUUCCACCUAUGAAUGCUGUAGAAGAUGGUGCUUUAAGCUUUCCUGAAAACAGUGAAACUACAACAGUUUUAGAUAAACUGGAAAUGCUUAACAAGCCCUUCUAUCCUGUCUUGAACCCUGUUUCAUCACAAACCAUCCGGCCAAGCUCCAUAUCUGCUCCUAAAGAACUCAAAGAACCAGACCAGAAGCGAAGUAUAAUAAAAUCACCAAGAUCAAGAAGGAAGAAUCAGCACGAAAGGGUGGUGCAACAUGUGACAGCGGCCGAGGGAUUUUGCUCAGAUAUGUGGGCUUGGCGUAAAUACGGUCAGAAACCCAUCAAGGGAUCGCUAUAUCCGAGGAGCUACUACAGGUGCAGCAGUUCAAAAGGGUGUUCAGCAAGAAAGCAGGUGGAACGUAGUCCUUUGGACCCGGGAGUUUUCAUUGUAACGUACACUUCAGAACACAAUCACAGCCGCCCAACUCGUCGAAACUCCCUUGCUGGAAGCACCCGGAGCCACUUAACAACACCCGGAAAGAAAAACAAAUCUUCUCCAUAUUCUUCCAAAAUCCUUUCUCCAACAACCCCUUUGAUGGCAUCCACAGAGUACGAGUUUGUGCAAAAUGCGAGCUUGAAGAAAGAGGAACCGCAAAUAUUGGUGCAAGACACUGAUCAAGGUAAUGGAAUUUUCAAUAUAGACGAUAUAGUAUGGGAAAACGAACUAUUUCCAAGCCUAGAGGAUUUUGAGGAACUGGCCUCACAACCGCCCUUGAGUGGAUGCUUUUUGGAUUCAUCAACGGAAAACAUUCCUGUACCUUGGUUCGUUGAUCGAUCGACAGCCACAAAUGAUGGUCACUGACGCGGAGCAUGUACUUACAUAUAUGGGAUACUAAAGCUAGCAUAAAAGUUCCAAACGCAGAUCAGGCACACUGUAAUUUCAUUUUCCCCUCAUUAAUGAUUCUUCAUGUUCUGUAUUAAUCUAGAGCCUAAAAUAUUAACCGAAUUAAUUAAAUAUCCUUUCAGGCAUUGAAAAAAUAAACGAUCCAACCUAUUCAAACGCUACUCAUGUAGAUCUAUUAAUUUUCCACAAUCGUUUAAUAAGGAUUUGUGAUUAAAUAUCUUCUUUAAUUAACCAUUUUAAUUCUAAUUGACAUUAAUCUGUCCACGUACAGAUCAUCGACCGGCGAGCACCUCCCA